AUGACAGACACGACAACGACGGAAGCAAGGCUACUCCCAGGCGGGUUUCACGCAUUCAACCCACAAGCCGACUUCUCCGACAACAAAGAAACCAACGUUGCUCGACCCCUAACAGACGCAGUGGUCACUAUCCGCAUUAUCAAAUCGUUCGAAUUUCGCUCCAUGAAAGCCUACGUUAUUAAGAAUAUCGAUCUUACAACCACCACUGUCGCACAGUUGGAAGAGAAAUGCAGACAGGAGGUCAAGUCGAAUUCGGCUUAUAGAGCGUUCAAAAGCUACGCCGACAAACUCGAUACGCUCAAACUGUAUACAAGAGCACACGGAAGCAAGACAACGAAUCUAAUCAUCAACUUGGAUCACAGCGAUUGGGUGUUGCAAGAUAAGAACCUGGGAGCUUUGGCAAAGGCAGAGCAAAAGACGAAAGAGAACACAACAUUGGCAGAGAUCGGUGUGGAGAACGAAACAGAGUUGAGCUUCUUCAAUAAGGAAGCAUACGAAGCGUUUUUGGCUGAUCCUAGUACUAAGUGGGAUGCUACUGGCUAA